GGCUGGGCUGGGCCGGGCGGAGCGGAACGGAGCGGCCGCCGCGAUGGAGCCCGACACGGUCAUCGAGGACAAGACCAUCGAGCUCAUGACAAGUCUGAGAAGGAAAACCCAUUCGAAUCCCCUUUCAUUCUGGAUUGGUGGAUCUGAAGCCCAGAAACAAAGUUUCAGCAUUGACUGUGUGUAGCAAACACACCCUUUGAUCUUCAGGAGCAGAGUGGGACAGCGUUAUCCAUCAGCCUCCUGGGAGUUCAGUGUCCUAUCUAGAGCAUCGCUGUGUGUUCUGUGCCAAGGUCUUUGUGGCUAGGCUGCUCCAACCUGGUAGAGAGCAUGUGCGCACUGAGAUGCCUGCAGAGCAUGCCCAGUGUCAGAUGUCUCCAGAACACGUCAGUAAUGGAGGAUCAGAAUGAAGAUGAGUCUCCAAAGAAAAAUACCCUGUGGCAGAUAAGUAAUGGAACUUCAUCUGUGAUUGUCUCAAGAAAAAGGCCAUCGGAAGGCAACUACGAAAAGGAAAAAGACUUGUGUAUAAAAUACUUUGACCAGUGGUCUGAAUCAGAUCAGGUGGAAUUUGUGGAACACCUCAUUUCCCGAAUGUGUCACUACCAGCAUGGACAUAUAAACUCUUACCUGAAGCCCAUGUUACAGCGGGACUUCAUCACUGCGCUGCCAGAGCAAGGCUUAGAUCACAUAGCAGAAAACAUCCUUUCCUAUCUCGAUGCCAGAUCGCUGUGUGCAGCAGAGCUGGUGUGUAAGGAGUGGCAGAGGGUGAUCUCAGAGGGGAUGCUCUGGAAGAAGCUCAUUGAGAGGAUGGUACGCACAGACCCGCUCUGGAAGGGGCUCUCUGAGAGGAGGGGAUGGGAUCAGUACCUGUUUAAAAACAGACCAACAGAUGGGCCCCCCAAUUCGUUUUACAGGUCCUUAUACCCAAAGAUAAUCCAGGAUAUAGAGACCAUAGAGUCCAACUGGAGGUGUGGGAGGCACAACUUGCAGAGGAUCCAGUGCCGCUCUGAGAACAGCAAGGGCGUUUACUGUUUACAGUAUGAUGAUGAGAAGAUCAUCAGUGGCCUGAGAGAUAACUCCAUUAAGAUUUGGGACAAAACAAGCUUGGAAUGUUUGAAAGUAUUAACGGGACAUACUGGCUCAGUUCUUUGUCUGCAAUAUGAUGAAAGAGUUAUUGUAACUGGAUCUUCAGAUUCUACAGUAAGGGUGUGGGACGUGAACACGGGCGAGGUUCUCAACACGCUGAUCCACCACAACGAGGCCGUGCUGCACCUGAGGUUCAGCAAUGGGCUCAUGGUGACGUGCUCCAAGGACAGGUCCAUCGCUGUGUGGGACAUGGCCUCCCCCACGGACAUCACCCUGCGCCGCGUGCUCGUGGGGCACCGCGCCGCCGUCAACGUCGUGGACUUCGACGACAAGUACAUCGUGUCAGCCUCGGGGGACAGGACCAUCAAGGUGUGGAGCACCAGCACGUGCGAGUUCGUGCGGACGCUGAACGGGCACAAGCGCGGCAUCGCCUGCCUGCAGUACCGGGACCGCCUGGUGGUCAGCGGCUCCUCGGACAACACCAUCAGGCUCUGGGACAUUGAGUGUGGUGCCUGUUUAAGGGUGUUGGAAGGCCAUGAAGAGCUGGUUCGCUGCAUCAGGUUUGACAACAAGAGGAUUGUUAGUGGAGCCUAUGAUGGGAAAAUUAAAGUUUGGGACUUGCAAGCUGCUCUUGACCCUCGUGCCCCAGCAAGCACGUUAUGCUUGCGUACCUUAGUGGAACAUUCAGGACGUGUCUUUAGGCUGCAGUUUGAUGAAUUUCAGAUCAUUAGUAGUUCCCAUGACGAUACAAUUCUGAUUUGGGAUUUCCUAAACGUGCCACCGAGUGCCCAGAACGAGACCCGCUCUCCAUCUAGAACAUACACCUACAUCUCCAGAUAACAGUGUGCACUUUACUGCCCUCCCAAGGGUUCCACAGUCUUGAACUACUGGAUUUUUGGCUACUACAUGCCUGAAGAUGAUCGACAGCUAAAGUCAGAAUUGGUUCUAGAUGCUGUGUAGAUGCAAAGCAGCACAAUUCUAUAUCUAAAUUUCUUAAUCUUUCCUGCUCUCAGUGGUCGUCUUUGAAUUUGCUACAAAUUCACUGACUUGGAGUAGAUGAAUUUCAGAAGCCUCUCCUUCCCUGCUGUGAGAAAUCCAAAGCGUCACAUGUAAAUUGUCGGUAGAAACUGAACUCUGAUGGCUUGUUUUUCACAUAUAAAUCAGAAGUCAAGAAAGGACUUGGCCUAAUUUAUAUUGCUUUGCACUUUUGUCUGACUUAAAAGGAAAAAACAACCAACAUUCUCCAGUGAAAUUUGGGUGCCAAACACAUGCCCAGAAUGUACAGAGCUUUGCUUUCCGGUCACCACUGUCCUUUAGGCGUCCCCAUGGCAGGUUCAGAGCCCUUCUGUUCCAUAGGUGUACGUUGGACUCUUAGAAAUAUUUCUGAGUUGCUCAGUAAUAUUUUUGGAUUACAGUUUACUUGUUUCUGCACCAAUAAUUUCUUUUAAAUUAAAGAUUCCCUAUACUUCAGGCUAGGUUAUCUGAAC